AUAUAAAAAACGUAGGUCUUAGUUUAUUGACUUUAUUGGUUUCUGAAUUAUAAAAUCUUUACAAAAUGUAUUUCGAAAUUCUUAAUUUUCAAUAUACGAUUAGGCUAAAUUUUCUAAGUGGGUGUUUUAUUUUGACUCUCCAAGAGGCCCAUUGAGCUUCCGCGUAUUGAGUUUUGCAGCUAUCUUUUGAGGAUUCCUGCGACAAAAGCUUGGAAAAUAAGGUGCUUAGUCACUGCUGCAAAUAUUAUUUCCAAUUUGUAUACCAACCAAGUCCAAUAUUAAACCAUUCAAUAGAAGCUUCCUCUGCUAAAUUUCACGCACUUCUUGGUCAAUUGCAGCCGAUUUCAUUAUGUGAGCAGAAAUUUUUUGAUCUGAAAUUGCAAGCUUUCUGCCUUUCUUGGCAUUUUUGUCAGAUUUCAAAUUAGAUUUCCUUCUUCUUCUGUCAUAUGUAAACUGCUUUCAAAUUGUUUGUGAUCUCCAUCUCCCUGUCUGCCUCUGAAAAUGGAAUCCCAUCUCUUCCCAACCAUGCCUUUGAUUUUCAUCAUAACCAUAAUCUUCCUCUGUCCUUUGUUUGCGUCUGCUGUUGAUGAGCGACAUCAGAACUGCACCGCAACAUUUGAUUGCGGAAACAUCACAAAUAUCGGCUAUCCCUUUUGGCGAUCGAACCGACCUGAUUAUUGCGGCCACCCGAAAUUCUGGCUUAAUUGCACUGACCAAGCGGCGCUGAUCACCAUCAAGAAUUUAACGUACCAAGUUCUUGAAGUCAACAGCGAGGCACAAAAUCUUAAAGUUGCUAGAACAGAUUACAUAGGAGGCAUCUGUCCAAACCUCCUUUUAAACACCACUUUGGAUUUUUCCUUUUUCAGUUAUGCUUCCGAUAUUCAGAAUAUAACCCUAUACUAUGGUUGCCCCCAGCUGCCAUCAUUUUUAAAUCCAUUAGCCGGAAUUCCAGGGCUUUCCACUCAGUUCACUUGCACAUUAAACAACAGCGACAGCGGAGGUUUUUAUUUAACUAGGAACCUAGGUAACUUCAGUGCUACAAUACUCAACAACUUGGGAUCCUGCGCCAAUAGAGUUAUUGUUCCGGCGACUCAAUCAUCCGUUAGCACUUUAGAGAGCGGUCUAACCCAGGAUAAUUUGGUUAUAGCUCUGGAAAAAGGUUUUGGGUUGCAGUGGGAUGCGAAUAAUUCCGUUUGUCUGACGUGUAAUUUGUCAGGUGGAUCGUGUGGUUACAACACGAAUACUAGUUUAUUUGCUUGUUAUUGUGCUGAUCAGCCUGAGCAGUUUAGUUGUGGAGUAUCUGCACCAAAUCAACCAGAAUCAUCAGGGUCAGGGGGCAUAUCUAAUAAAGUUUUACUUGGAGUAGGACUUCCCAUAGCAGCUGUCACUGUUCCGACCCUUCUUUUAGGAUGCUACUAUUGUUUCAAAAGACGAGGAUCUUGGAGUGGCAAAGCAUUGACAUUGCAACGGAAGAAUGCAACACAAGCACAAAAGAUAGAGGCAUUUAUUAUGAACUAUCAUCGUCUCAUGCCAAAGCGAUACUCAUAUUCAGAAAUAAAGAAAAUGACAAAGUCAUUCAAUGAUAAGCUAGGUGAAGGGGGAUUUGGAGGUGUCUACAAAGGAAAGUUACCUGAUGGUCGUUUUGCUGCAGUAAAACUCCUAAAUAAGUCCAUGGGUGAUGGAGAAGAAUUUAUUAAUGAAGUUGCAAGUAUUAGUAGAACAUCCCAUGUGAACAUAGUUACUCUUUUGGGGUUCUGCUACGAGAGGGCCAAAAAAGCUCUGGUAUACGAGUACAUGCCAAAUGGAUCUCUAGAUAAGUUCAUAUAUAAUCAAAGUUCUGAGCAUAGAAACUGUCAUUUAGAGUGGAAAACAUUAUAUGAUAUUGCAUUUGGCAUUGCUAGAGGUCUAGAGUACUUACAUUGCGGUUGUAAUACCAGGAUUGUGCAUUUUGAUAUAAAACCUCAAAAUGUUCUUCUAGAUGACGAUUUUUGUCCAAAAAUAUCAGAUUUUGGUCUUGCAAAGUUAUGCAAGGGAAAGGAAAGUAGAGUGUCAAUCUUAGGUGCAAAAGGAACUGCUGGGUAUAUAGCUCCAGAAGUAUUCAUGAGAAGCUAUGGAGGGGUUUCUUACAAGUCUGAUGUAUAUAGUUAUGGAAUGAUGAUUCUCGAACUAUUUGGAGGAAGAAAUGAUAUUAAUGCUGGAGGAGCAUCUCAAAGCAGUGAAUUGUAUUUUCCUGACUGGAUUUAUAAGCACAUUGAAUUGCGACAGAAUUUUGUACUUAAUGAGAAUAUUACAGUUGAGGAAGAAGAAACAGUCAGAAGAAUGAUCACUGUGGGCUUGUGGUGCAUUCAAACCAAUCCGUCCGAUAGACCAUCAAUGACAAAGGUGAUAGAGAUGUUGGAAGGCAAUCCACAAUCCUUGCAAAUUCCACCAAAACCCUUGCUAUUUUCUCCAAGUACACCUCCAGAGUACUCUGCAGUAUCAUCAACAACAUAUGAGUGGUCACAAGUAGAUGAAGCGAACGAAGAGAAGGUUGUCAUUCAUUGAAGUUGAAUAAGCACACAAUUUAAAAGUGUAACGAGCAAUCUGCAAGUGUCAGCAACUAAGAAUUUGAGCACUACUAAAAAACAGAAAAUUAGCUGGUGUUUCUAAGAGCUUAAUUGCUUUCGUAAACGUAGCUGUUGUUAUCAUCUGCUUUACAUUAGACCCUUAUAUUUCAGACAAUUGCAUCUGAUACUUUUAUAGCAAUCUCAUAAUUUUGGUUUUAAAAUA